AUGAUUCAAAAAUCAUCAUCAACACCACCACCACCCAAUUAUAGUGUUCUCAUUGACACUCUUCCAAGUUGGACCAUCAUUCUCACCUUCAUCUUCUUCUUUCUUUCAGUAUUUGGAUGUGUUGGUGUUUUAUUCUUUGCACCAAAUUAUAAACAUUUUGUCACUGAAAAGGCUCAACGUGUGACCAAUGAUCUUGGACAAGUAUUGAAUGGAGAGAAAUCAUUGAUCAUUCCAACUCCAUAUCUCAAAAAAGCAAAUCAAGAAAUUACCAUUUCAUUAUUAUUUAAAGAAAAUACAGAAUUAGUGAGUGGAUUGACUCGAGAGGGUAUUGGAAUGACCAUCUUGUCCAUUCAAGGAAGUGCUGAUAAUACACUCUUUCAUAACAUGACACAGCAUCCAUAUCCAAUUACUCGAUCAUUGAAUUGUGAAGGAGAAUCAAAUUCUCAACUUGUUCCAUCAAGUGUUCUUGACACUUAUUCCAACUAUUUUUGUAAUCCUAUUGUGAUUUAUAGAGAUCGUUACAUCACUUAUCCAUUUUAUAGAAUUGAAUUAUUAUUACAUCAUGACAAUGGAUUGAUGCAGUCAUUACUUCGUGAUGAUGUUCUAUUUUAUCGUAUUGAAUAUGUUAAUACUGAUUUUACUGAAUUUGAAUCCACCAUUCGAUACUUGUACAGUGCCAUUUCCAUUAUUGUAUUUUUAUUUUAUGGAUUUAUUUUACUCAAAUAUCAAAAGUAUUCCUAUGCCAAGACGGAACAGAAAUGGAUUUUAUUUUUAUUACUUUUAUUAAUAUUAUUUAAUAAUCCUUUAUUUAUUGGUGAUUGGAUGGCCAAUGAUUGGUUAUUACCAUUCCUGAAUGUCAUAUUCCAAGCAACAUUUAUUGGAUUUUAUUUAUUGUUUUUAAUGGUCAUUACUGCAAGUGCCAAUACUCAUCCUAAAGAACGAACCUUUUAUCGGUUUUAUUUAUGGAAAUUUAUUCUAAGUUUACUCUUUUGGUCAUGUCUAUGUAUGAGUAUGUUGUAUGAGAGAUUUGAAACAUUUGGUGAUCGAGUGGUGUAUGAUUACAUUUCCAUGUCCGAUCAUUCCAUCUUUGGACUCUUUCGAGUAUUGGUCAUGUUCUUUGGCGCCAUUGCAACACUUUAUAUUUUUUAUCAAAUUUUCAAAGCCUUGGGUGGUAAUGAUUUUGUUCAAUUGGCAGACAAGAUCAACAAGACGUAUCUGAGAAAUUCAUCCAUCACUGCUCCUACUGCCAGUAAUGCAACGAUUCAUGAUCAGCAAGCGAUUGAAUCUCUCAAACACAAGGUAGCCAUGAAUAUUAUUUCGUACUCGAACACUCAUCAAUCUUCAGUGAGAUUUAAAUACUUUUUCAUUCUCACAUUUCUAGUAUUACUUUUAUUAUGUGCCAAUUUAUUUUCAUUUUUAUAUUUAAAUAAUGCCAAUAGUAGUGCUCAAUAUUUGGGAGUAUUUCCACUCUUUAAUUUUUAUGGUAUCAUGUUGGCCAUUUAUUUCAUUCCAAGUUUGAAAGUCGAUGAAAAGGAUGCUUCUCAAAGUUAUAUUAGCAGUGGAUUGUUUUUCAAUCAACAACAAUCAAGUCAUCAUUCAACAAUAACACCAGUAACACCACCAUCCACUCAUCGUUUAGAGGAACCACCUGGUGGUCAUGAUGAAGACGACCAUGAAGAUUCAAAACUUCAUCAUGCUGAGAUUCAUACAAGUCGUUCAGAAUUUCAUAAUCGUCCAAUGCAGACUCCAAAUGAAUCAUCCAUACCAACAGCAACAACAGCCACCAAUAAUAAUGAAGAGUUGAUCAUGAUUGAGGAAGAUUCAACGAACAAGGUAGACUAA